UAUGAUACUAGUAGGUGAUGCGGCCGAGCCUAGUUCUGUCAGUAUACUGUUAGACGCUGAGCGCAGUGUAGUGGGGACUGGUGCUAUCCGGAUUCGAUAUGGGAGUCGCUCUUCUUUGCUUACUGGCAGUUUUAUGCGGUUGCGUCCAUCAAGGGUUAGCAAUCACAUGCUACCAAUGCAACAGCCACAACGACUCCCGCUGCCUCCUGGACAAGCUCCCGGACACCCUGCGCCAGCCCUGCAGCUCCAAGGACACCAUGUGCAGGAAGAUCUCGCAGGUGGUGGAGUUCGAGAUGAACGGAAUGCCUCCAGACAGCCGCGUCAUCCGAGGCUGUGGAUGGGACGAGACCAGCUAUAAGGGUCGUUGCUACCAGCGCUCAGGCUUCGGUGGCAGACAAGAGGUGUGCUCGUGUACAGAAGACGGCUGCAACUCCUCGACCAUGCCAGUGGCAGCCACCGCGCUGAUGAUGUUCACCGUCGCUUUGAUAAGGUUCUAAACCCGGCUGCAACUUAUUACCUACCAACCAUAGUACAAAAGCGUGUAGAACUAAAACUAAAAAAAAUAUCAAAUACACGACCGUCUGAAAAGUUAAAGAUUCUAACGGUACCUAGCACUUUUUCAUUCCUUUAGAUUAUUAAUAAAUAAAAAAUAAAUAAAUAGUAAAUAAAUAAAUUCACAAAUGUACGAAAGACAUUUUUUCAGCAGAUAAAAUUAUGAAUACUUAUGAGAUAUGUAGUGGAUAGCUUUUAAAUCGAUCCAAAUAUCUAGUUGAUUUUUAUUUAUUAGGACCUUGGUCUUAUCACCCAGUUUGUCACAAUGAUAAGUUAAUAAUACAAUAGGAUAUUUAUAUAUUUGGACGGAUGUCAUAAAUGUGUUCGAUAACGAUGUGUAUAGAAUAAUUAGAGAUGUCAUGUUAAGUAGUUAGUAUCAUUUGUACAUAGACUAGAAUCAUUUAAGGUUGUUCACAUGUUACCUUAGGACUGAUGUGCUAAAAGAUUUAGAAGUUAGGUUCUGUUUUUUGAUUAAAAACGAAAUACAGAUAAAAACAAUGAUCUGAAAAAAUAUAGGACAUCACAUAUUUUUAUUCUGGUCAUUGAAAAUAUCAAUAUUUAUAAAACCAAAUGAAAAGUUUAAAUACAUAAUUAGUUUUUGAGAAUGAUUUAACAUUGUUUGUUGCUUAUUGUACUAAAAUUUUAAUAGUAUCUACUUAUACUUCCAUACUAAUAUUACAAAUGUGAAAGCGUUUGUUUGUCCUUAUUUCACGUCAAAACAAAUCAUUGGGUUGAAGUAUUUUUUUGUGUGGAGACAGUUGGAGAGCUGGAGUGUGACAUGGCCUACAAUUUUACCGCGGACGGAGCCGCGGGCAUGUACUAGUAUAUGAUAAGAUAAGAUUUAAGGAGACAGCAGAGGUCACCAAAGAACACGGUAGUUACCAAUUAAUCGUAUUUACUUUAAUGUCAACUUAGACUGCCUAAAAUGCUUUUUUGUUGUGUUUGUAGUGUAUUUAUUAAAGGUUUUUCAACA